AUGGCCAUUGUCACCCCACCCGUGUUAUCACCAUCCAGAAAGCCUGAUCUGUUAAUAAUAAUUCCUCAUCGUCGUAUAUGCUACUGUGUCAUGCGUUAUGUAGUUGAUGUAUAUAUAUAUGUAUAUAUGUAUGUAUCAUAUCCAGCUUCCUCGUUAUCAUCAAUAUCAGCUGUAUGCGAGAAGAAUGGUGACAGUGUUGAGAACUAUUGCAACAGACUGUCUCCAACCUGGGAUGACUCUCCGAUAGACGCAAAUAUCAUUAUUGUUAUUGUUGUUCCCACGGGACCAAAUGAAUCAAAAGAUUCAACUGGGCCCUUUGGUUCAUUCAUUUUCAUUUUCUUUUGGAGUUAA